GUAGUCAAUAUAGAAGCUCUUGUAUACAUAUAUUCUUCCUCGGGCUGAAGCAGAGGCUGCGAAGUCCGACUUCGGUGCAGCUCCGACGCCAACAAAGCUUGCCACAGCUUGAUAAACCCCACCAAACGUUUUGAAGCUUGCGUAUCCUAAUAUCCCUUUUUAACGAAGGAUCGAGGUGACCAUUGGCCGUUGCUCUCGCUGGCUGUCGUUGGCUGACAUGGCUCAGCCGGCUCCAAUUCACGUCGUCCUUGGAAACAUGGCGACCGUUUUCACGGACGCUGCAGCAUCAUUUCAGGCGGCUAAGUCUGCAGCUCAAGCUGAGGACGCAGCUGCGCCAGCAUGGGCGAAGAAGAUGGAAGCGGACCUGAAGAAGACGAUGGAGGAGGCGAUGGAGCGGGUUGAGGGCGAGGUGAAGAAGCUGCGCGGCGAGCUCGUGCCCUAUCGCGCCGCGGCGGCGCGCUCGCACAACAAGGGCAUCAUCAACGACGACGAGGCCCUGCUGGAGGUCCCCGCUACCAACGGCGAGGUUCCGCCCGACUUCCCCAAGACCCGGGGCGCCGUGAAGGCCCUGACCGGGCAGCAGCUUAAGAACCUCCUGGAGGCGUACGGCGUCAACGAGAUCAUGCGCGAGACGCAGGGCCGCCGCAUGCAGCUGGGACCUGUGAUCGGCAUCAAGCAGGCAUAAAGGUGUACAGUGGCAGCAGUAUCCGCCUGUGGCGGCGUAGCAGCUUGUGGCGCCAGUAGCGGCCUGUGGCGGCAGUAGCGGCCUGUGGCAACAGCCGACUGGCGUUAACGGCUGUUGGUCACACGAGCGAUGAUUAUGUGCCACAAUCUCUUGAAGGCCCAUUCAGCUUGGCUGUGGGGAUGUGCAGUUCAGGGGCUGCUACUGAGGUGAAGAAGGCUGCGCUCCACGGCGCAGAGCAAUGAAGCCAGUAGGUGUCGGGCACGUGCACCAGUGUUGUGGGCUAUAUGUAGUGCAAGCGGGGAGUAUGGGGUGCGUGUUUAUGACGCAGGAGCGUGUGCAGCACAUGAUGCAAGUGCGUGGCGACGUGCGUGGCGACGUGCGUGCCAUACACGCAUGCGUGUCGCAUGCACACGCACAUUGACGCAACCUAACGCACGGCACGCAAGGCAAAUGCUCAGACUUUUUCGAACUUGGGCCUCAUGCGUGAGUUUGAUAGUACCCCGGCGGGGGCAACUCCAACGGGAGAUUUUUGGGCUGAGCCCCCCGAGCGAAUGGGGCUUCAGCCCGCGCCCCAGUCCGUGGGGGCCUAGGCAAGGGGUCCUUCCCAGGGGGAGGCGCCGCACGCACCCGCCAUCGCACCCUCAGGUGAAAUGCGGUUGCGCCCAAUAUGGUGGCAAUCUGAAGCGGCGUGCUUACAGACAUGCGCUAAAUGCGAGAUAUGGGCGGGAUGUUGAUGUCGUAGAUAGCAGGCAGCAGGGAAGCCACCUGACACAGAGUGACCUAAUUUGUGCAACUUGUCGUUGUUGCGAGUGCGGAUGCUGAUGGACGCGGAGGAUCCGUGGAUUCGUUGAGGCAGGGAAGUGACACGGUGAAACACGGUGGCUUGUUAACUUGUGCUGUCGCCCGCCUGUGUGCGCGUUGUUUAAAUAUCUCGCAAAAUAUAUCAAGUUCUGCAAUUACUUUUAUGCUGUCGC